GCCUCUCUUUUCGAUUUCAGAUGCGGAACAGCUACCUCCUGCUCGACGAGUAUAUGCGCUUCCUUAACUGUGUCGACGGCGGCAAGAAGCCCUCCAAGUCCAUUCUGGACGUCGGAGUGGACGACGCUAUCGGUGACGCCGGCUUCGACGAGGCCAUGUUCUUUAAGCGGGGUGGCGUCUUCAAGUGGUCGAAUGAGGACAAGAAGAAAAAGUUGGAUUGGUAGCCGAGACGUACAAGGGCUGAUUGGAUCUUAAGUUACUUAAUUAACAUGAUAUGAUAUAAACUAUUCCAUACGUCAUAAGAGUAACGGUACCCGCGAUUUUGUAAGCAAAAUUUGUCAGUCCUGACUGAAUGUAUGUACCAGAGCUCUCAAUAAACCAGUCGUUGCUAACAAGUCA